AUGGCUUCCCCGUACACAAUCCAGUCUGAAUCUAGACAGCUUCUCGAACGCCUGCUGAACGAUCCAAAGUUAUCUGUCCCCAAUGAGGUAAAGGAGGCAGCGGAGAGAGUUGAGUUCAGUGGAUACGCCAACCCGUGGCUGCCAGUUCCUGUCAAGUUCAGCGAGUCCAUCUCGGCCAUCUCGGCGUUUGUUGGCGCAAGCGCAGCUGCUGUGGCUAAAGACCGCUACGGGAUUGAACAGGACAUUAGAGUGAAUACUGAUCAUGCCUCCGUCCUCCUGUUCGGGUUCUUCCUGCCUCACAUCGCCGGAGAGUCGAUUAUGACAGCAUCAAAGGCCAUCCUCGAGAACUUGGCCGAGGUGGACAAGAACAAUCUGUUCAAGCCGAUCCACAGAGCCAGUACAAACCAAUACAAGACGAAGGACGGGCGAUACUACCACGUUCACGGUUCAAUGAACGCGACCGUCAUCAUGGACAUGUUCAAAAUUGCCGAACAAGAUGUCACACUCGAAGAGGCCAAACAAAUAUACGCAGACAAGGUGGCUCAGUAUGAUGCCGAAGAGCUUGAUCAACUAGAGAAUGAAGUGUACCGCCAAGCAGGAACAAUUUGCUAUACGCCGGAGGAGUUCUUUGCCACAGAGCACGGAAAAAUCGCGGCUCAAGAGCCCAUCGCUUCCAUCAAAGAGCUACCAGCGCCUCAGAAAGCCUGGCCAAGCCCGGCCGCUGGGUCCGAGUUUCGGCCGCUUCACGGUAUCCGGGUCGUCGACAUGUCUCGUGCUGUAGCAGCCCCCAUGGUUUCCAAGAUCUUAGCUGCCCUCGGUGCCGACGUGAUCAAGGUUUCCUGCCCUUCGCUUCCCGAUACCGGCAUUGCGAUGGUAGACGUUAAUGCUGGAAAGCGGGACGUCAAUAUCGAUUUGAAGACGGAAGAGGGCAAGACGCUGUUCCGCAAGAUUAUUAAGGAUGCCGACGUUCUUGUCGAUGGGUACCGGCCUCAUGCCAUUGAGAAGCUCGGCUUCCACUCCAAAACGCUGCGCGAGCUGAAUCCUUCUCUGAUCUAUGUCCGGGAAGACUGCUACGGCUACAAUGGUCCAUGGGCUCACCGCUCUGGCUGGCAGCAGAUUGCCGAUUGUACUGUCGGGCUUGCCCUGAUGACCGGUGAAUUUCUGGGUCUCAAGGAGCCCAUUCAGCCUCUGCUACCCAACGCAGACUACCAGACAGGUGUUUUGGGUUCCGGUCUGGUCAUCCAAGCGUUGAUGAAACGCACCAAAGCUCCUGUCACCUUUGAUAUCGAUCUUUCCUUGUGCCAUUACAACAUCUGGCUGUACCGUGUCGGGGUCUACACUCCUGAGCAGCAGGCUUCUAUUCGGGCACUUCACCCCGAGUUCAAGCCUCGCCACACGACCGACCUGCCGGAAAUUGCGGGGAUGUUGAUGGAAUCGCUAAAGACAGCUCGGCCAGGCAUAUUCAAGACUCCGGGUUUCUACGAGGAGAUCUCUGGAAAAGAGUGGGGUGAAGAGCGCCUCAUCAAUGUCAUUGGCGCCCCUUUCUCGCUCACAGAGUCCACUCUCGGGUUCCUGGUGCCAUCUGGAAGACGUGGCUGGUCUAACGCAAACCCCACAUGGGUCGUAUAA